AUGUCUCUAACCGAAUCGACACCCGAGUCCGCUGCUCGAGCGGCUUCCAUCGCCGCCAGAACCCUCGCCGUCCUUCCAGUGUCGGCUCGCAAUGACGCGCUCACGACCAUGCACGACGCCCUGCUGGCGAACAAAGGAGCCAUCCUCGCGGCCAAUGCGCAAGACAUGGCGCAGGCUACGCAGGCUUCCAAAUCCGGACAACUGAGCCAGAGCGUGCUGAAGCGGCUGGACCUGUCGCGGCCAGGCAAAUACGACGACAUGCUCUCCGGGAUUCUGGACGUGCGACGGCUCGACGACCCUAUCGGCCAAGUGGACUUGCGCACAAGGCUGGACGACGGGCUGGAGUUGGAGCGGGUGUCCUGCCCGAUCGGCGUGCUCUUGAUCAUUUUCGAGGCGCGGCCGGAGGUGAUUGCCAACAUUGCCGCGCUGGCCAUCAAGUCCGGCAACGCGGCGAUCCUGAAAGGCGGGAAAGAAAGCUCGCAUUCGUUCGAGACCAUCGCAAAGGUCAUCGGCGCCGCGCUCGAGGCCACCCAGGUCCCCAACGCCGCCGUCCAGCUGGUCAAGACCAGAGACGUCAUUGACCAGCUGCUCGACCUGGAUCGCUAUAUCGACCUCGUCAUACCCCGCGGCGGCAACGAGCUGGUCAGGUACGUCAAGGAUCACACCAAGAUCCCCGUCCUGGGCCACGCGGAUGGGUUGUGCAGUAUAUAUCUGCAUCGCGAUGCAGACAAAGAUGUCGCCGUCAAGGUGGUGGUCGAUGCCAAAUGCGAUUAUCCUGCAGCGUGCAAUGCCGCCGAGACCUUGCUUGUGCAUGAAGCCAUCUUGACUACAGUGUUGCCGGCUGUAGCGGAAGUCUUGUUGGCGAAAGGGGUAUCAUUACGGUGUGACGCAAAAAGCAAAGCCGCUCUUCAGGAGUCUCUGGCUCCAUCGUCUGCCGCCCUCGUGCAAGACGCCACGGAGGAAGACUACAACACGGAAUUCCUCGACCUCACUCUGGCCGUCAAGACCGUGCCGGCGUCCACCAGCAAAGGUGAAGGCUUGACGAAUGGACUGCGUGAUGCCGAAUCCGGCGAAGACGACACGUCCCUGGACCUGGCCAUCGCACACAUCAACACCCACGGGUCCAAACACACCGACUGCAUCGUCACCGCCUCGUCCGUGGCCGCCGAGAAGUUCAUGUCCGCCGUGGACGCGGCGGGCGUGUAUUGGAACGCCUCCACCCGCUUCGCCGACGGCAUGCGCUACGGGUUUGGCACCGAAGUCGGCAUCAGCACCAACAAAAUCCACUCCAGGGGCCCCGUCGGCCUCGAAGGUCUUACUAUCUACAAGUACAAGCUCCGAGGGCAUGGGCAGGCGGCCGCAGAGUACGGCGAUGGGAAAAAGAGGUAUAAGCAUGAAAAGCUGGCUCCCUAG